UCAUCUAACCAAACAAAAUUAUCAGAAUUAUCUUCACAUUUACGUGUGUGUAUAUAAUAUUUAUAUUUCUAUAAUUUAUUCAGAUUCAUUCCAAUUUCACUCACUCCCGACGGAUUGAACACUACCAAUCUUUCAUUGCUUCCAGGAUAGGGUAGCCACUGACAUAUAUCGCUGCUUUUUGCUUUCUCUCAUUGUCGGAUUACCCAAUCGGAAAGAAUGUCAGAAGAUCAGCCAUUGUUAAAAGACUUAGAGGCAGGGAAAAUGAGUGAUGCCAAAAAAUCCAUUGCUGCCGCUACCACCAAACGCUCAUCAGCUGCUCGCGUUGCGUCUCUUGAUGUGUUCAGAGGCCUCUGUGUUUUUCUUAUGAUGCUUGUGGAUUAUGGCGGAUCCGUUUUCCCAAUCAUCGCUCAUUGCCCUUGGAAUGGAUUGCACUUGGCCGACUUCGUAAUGCCUUUCUUUCUUUUCGUGGCCGGAGUUUCCCUGGCGAUUGUUUAUAAGAAUGUUUCCAACAGAUUAGAGGCUUCCAGGAAGGUUGUGUUAAAGGGAUUAAAACUUUUUGUCCUUGGUAUUUUUCUUCAAGGUGGUUACUUGCACGGAAUAACUUCUUUGACAUAUGGGGUGAGCAUUGAAAGAAUAAGAUGGCUGGGAAUUUUGCAGAGGAUAGCUGUUGGGUUUGUUGUUGCCGCAUUGUGUGAGAUAUGGCUUCCAUGCCGAAAGAAAACAAAAGGUGGUUUCUUCCUUAAUUAUAUCUGGCAUUGGUGCACUGUAUUGGCGCUGUCUGCCAUAUAUAUGGGAUUAUUAUAUGGUUUGUAUGUUCCCAAUUGGCAAUUCAGUGUACCUCAGACAACUUCCUUACAUUCAUCCAAUGAAAGCCAUGUUUACAAGGUUAAUUGUUCUGUUAGAGGUGAUAUAGGACCUGCCUGUAAUUCAGCUGCAAUGAUAGAUCGUUAUAUUCUUGGAAUUGAUCAUCUCUAUGGGAAACCUGUAUAUAGAAAUCUGGAGGAAUGCAAGGUAUCCAAUCCACCUUCAUGGUGUUAUGCUCCCUUUGAACCUGAAGGUAUUUUAAGCUCACUAAUGGCUGCUGUGGCCUGCAUUUUUGGACUCCAGUUUGGUCACAUCCUCAUACAGUUGAAGGACCAUAAAGAACGGUUGUACAAUUGGGCCAUGCUUUCAUUUCCAGUUUUGGUUGUUGGAUUGUUCCUUGCGCUCAUAGGUAUACCUCUGAACAAAUCUUUGUACUCAAUAAGUUACAUGAUGGUUACCUCAGCAACUGCUGGAAUCACGUUAUGUGCUCUGUACCUACUGGUUGAUGUUUGUGGGCAGAGGCGGCUAACGUUGGCAUUAGAGUGGAUGGGAAAGCAUUCCCUAACCAUUUUCAUCUUCUUAACCUCUAAUAUAGCUUUCAUUGCUGCACAAGGCUUCUAUUGGAGAACCCCAGAAAACAACAUCGAAGUGAGCGAAGAGGGACAGGCUCCCCACCACGUUGGCAAGGACUACGUGGACCCACCACCUGCACCGCUCUUGGACUUGAGCGAGCUCAAGCUCUGGUCAUUCUACCGCGCCGUCAUAGCCGAGUUCAUAGCUACACUCCUCUUCCUCUACGUCACCGUAGCCACCGUCAUCGGCCACAAGGAACAACAAACCGCAGGCGGCCCAUGCGGCGGCGUUGGCCUUCUUGGCAUAGCAUGGGCCUUUGGUGGCAUGAUCUUCGUCCUCGUCUACUGCACUGCCGGAAUUUCAGGUGGACACAUAAACCCGGCGGUGACAUUUGGGUUGUUUCUGGCUCGGAAGGUGUCUCUGGUGAGGGCUGUGUUGUAUAUGGUAGCACAGUGUUUGGGUGGCAUUUGCGGAGUAGGGCUGGUGAAGGCGUUCAUGAAGGAUUCCUAUAACAGACAAGGCGGCGGUGCAAACUCGGUUGCCCAUGGCUACACCCGGGGCUCCGCUUUGGGUGCUGAGAUUAUUGGAACUUUUGUCCUGGUUUACACCGUGUUUUCAGCCACCGACCCCAAGAGGAACGCCCGCGACUCUCAUAUCCCUGUUUUGGCUCCUCUCCCCAUAGGGUUUGCGGUGUUCAUGGUUCACUUGGCUACCAUCCCCAUCACCGGCACGGGCAUCAACCCCGCCAGGAGCUUUGGCGCCGCCGUCAUCUUCAACAAUGGCAAAGUGUGGGAUGACCACUGGAUCUUCUGGGUUGGACCGUUUGUUGGAGCGUUGGCGGCAGCGGCUUACCACCAGUACAUCUUAAGAGCUGCGGCUAUCAAGGCUUUGGGAUCUUUCCGCAGCAACCCAACCAACUGAUCCAACUCACCACACCAUAUUAAUUCUAAAUCAAUCUUUGAAUUGGCAUGGCUUAGUCUUAAUUAUUAUUGUCUGUUUAAUCAUUUGCUAUUAUAUUAUUAUAUUUGUUUGAGACAAUGUAUGUUUAAUUUUGGUGUUAGGCCGGCCGUUGGGCGUUGCUGUGAGUGGUGGUGUGUAUCUAUCUAUUCAUGUAGGAGUAUUUGGUAUUGGAGCUGUGCUGCUUUGCUUGCUAGGAAUACAAAUACUCUUCUCUUUUGUUUUCUUU